GUACAAUAGCAAAAGUUGUAGAUGAUAAUCUGAGAAGAGGAGAGAAGAGAACUCUGUUAGUAGGUAAGGAUAAUAACAAGAGUACGGCAGUCACCAAUACUGCCCAUGCGAAUAGGGGCAUACGGUGUAAUAAUACCCCAGGAGCCCGCAUGUUUAAUACGGUCGUAAUGAAGUUCAUAGCACCCAGCAUGGAUGAGAUACCAGCUAGGUGA